AUGGCGAACUACCCGUCCUUUCCGUCGCGGCUGACGUCGACGGUAUCCUCGUGCUCCUCGCUCACCGAUAUGAACACUCGCCACCGCAAGCUGCACCUACUCGUCGCCGCCACCGGCCCACGCGACACUUCGUGGGCGCAGGCUCUCGUCGUGCGCCUAUCCAAGAAUACCCAGAUCGAGACGAGGGCCAUUGUCGACGAUGUGGUCCCGCGCCUGACGCAGACCAUCAUCGUCAUGGAGAACCGCACCCUGGCGCCUGGCCAAGGCGACCGCGCCGACGACAUCGAAUUCUACAGGCAACAGGCCUAUGAGCUGGUCGAGUGGGCAGACCUGAUGGUGUGCGUGCCGCUCGACGCCGACGGCAUCGCCAAGCUUCUUGCGGGCAUCGCCGACACAUUUCUAGGGGAGGUGCUGCGGGGAUGGAACCCGCAGAAGAGCGUGGUGCUCGUGCCCGGCAUGAGCACGCACAUGUGGUCGAACCCGAUGACGAAGCGCCAUCUGAGCAAACUGUACCGCAAGUGGAAUUGGAUCCGCGUCAUGACGCCGAUUCUGUGGCACUACGAGGGUGCACCGAACCCGAAGCGCGUUCCCAAUUGGAACGGCUUCAACGAAGUCCUAGGCAUCAUCAAGAACCAGGCGGACCUCCUGGGGCUCGGACGCGACGUGGAGAUUGCCACCAGCGCUCCCCUGCUAUCAGACAGCGACGUCAAGAUCCAGGUUAAGCUGCCGCCCGAGAUCUGGACCAUUGUGCUCGACUACGCGGGCGACUGGGAGCUGGCCAAGGCCCUCGGCAUGUACACCAACCUGCCCAUGCCGCAGCCGUGGUGCCUGGAGCCCAAAGACCCGACCGACCCGCUCAAGGUGUAUGAACACGAGCUGGAGUGGACGGUGCUCACCUGCAGCUCGGCGGCCGUCUGCAAGAAGUUGUCGCAGUCGCCACCCAACUUUCAAGACAUCCCCGCCCUCGUGGUGAAGCUCGUCAUACGCUUCGCGCUUAUCGAGGUGUUAGAAUAUAUGGAGAACAACCGGCCAGACUUGUUCAAGGCGUUUGACGGCACGACGCUGCCCUCAAAUGCGUCGGCGUACUACCCGAGGACGGACGUCCUCGACUACUGGAAGCAAAGCAGGUGGUUCCGGGACAAGCACAUCUACGACGCGGAGGCCGUGGACGGGGCGUCCAAGAACGGUCACGUGCGGAUCUUGGACUGGUGGUGGCGACGGUCCGGCCUGCCCCUGCGAUACACGGAGACGGCCCUGGAACAGGCCAGUGGGAGGGGGCACCUGUUGGUCCUCGAGUGGUGGCGCGAUGCCGCGGCUCAGGAUGAGAGCAUCGUUCUUCGACCGGGCCGGUCUCUGCUGUGGGCGACCCAACACGGCCAGGCGGACGUGCUGCGUUGGUGGGACGCCUCUGGCAUCCCCGUGGCCCACGGCGACAGCGUCGCCAAGGUGGCCAGCCGCUGGGGGCGGGUCAACGUGCUUGAGACGUGGAGGCGGCUCAAGGGAGACAACAAGCUCGUGUUCGACCCCGAGGUCCUCAUCAGCUCGACAAUCCAUCAGCACGUUGAGGUGCUCGAGUGGUGGCGCAAGUUUGCGCACGGGGAGCUCGAGGGCAUGGACGGGCGCAAGCAGCUGGUCGAGUUUCGGACCUGCAAUAUCGAAGAGGCCCUCGAGGAUAGCAUCGGCGAUCAGAGCAAGGCGCGCAAGUGGUGGGCACAGUACGGCCUGGACCUACGCAUGAGGAACGAGGAAUGGCUCCAGACGCGAUACCUGUGA